AUGCGGGUAGUGGAUUGGUACAACCAGCUAGAAGAGAAAGACAAAUUGAACUUUGAGGAAUUUAUCCGACAAAUAUGGUAUAGCGGACGGAAAAAGGUAUUCGUAGCCAGUGACGGGCCAGUAUGGCUAACCCGAGGAAGGACUAUGAACGACAUCCUAAACACCUUCCAAUACUCGAGACCACCGAUAGCCCUGAAAGAUGUCUACUUCAUAUGGCAAAUGGUUCAAGCGAGCGAAAACAGUGCAAACCCCAUACUAACGUUCAUAGGACUAGCAAAAAGAUGCUAUAGCCACUUUUACACAGACAACAAAGCCGGAUAUGAAAUACCUCCGCUAGAGGAACGACAAUAUUUCGUCCAACAGUUAUAUAAACACAUGAAGCAAAAACAGAUCAUCAUUCGAGUAAAAGAGAAGGACCAAGCAGCACCACCUCAACAGCCACCAGUCACAUUUCCGGUACAACCACCACAACAACUAGAAGUCAAGCUAGACCCUAGAGAACACCUACAAAAACCUCCUAUGGCCAAACGUCCUGCUAUGGAUGCUGAUGUUGAAUUCGACGAAGAUGGGGGCGGAAGAAGCUCAAACGCAGGAGCACUCCAACACGCCAAUGAUUUAUUCAAAAUACACUACUACAAAUUUGAGGUCACACUCACAAGAAAACAACACCUCACAGUCGCCCAAUACAAGCCUGCAGACACAGGAAUUACACAAUUCUACGUCACAUGCAUACCCUAUCAAUUUUUCGAGUUUCGGGCUGUCAACGAUGAUGGCAUACCAUUUAGAGACCCUUAUGGUUCAAUACAAAAUGCCUUUGACUAUUGCCACUUCGACACUGGUCAUAUUCGCCCUAGUUAUUUCGUGCCUCCACAACACAGUCUCACCGGCACUACACAACAAGAUGUCCCCGCACUCAACACAACUCCGUACGCGUACUUAUCGCAAGACAACCUAGGAAUCCUAAGGAAAUUACAGCAGCCACAUCAAUCAACUAUGAUAACAUGA